CUGCCGAGGAGCCGCGGUUGUUCCAGGUUCCACCAAGGUCGUGGGUUGAACCUAGCAAAUGCUGUUGGCGCCCCAGGAAAGGCCCACGUCAAAGAAGAUGGAGCUGAAUCGCUGGAAACGGCUCACAAAGCAGCUCAAUCCCAAGCCUGCUUUUGACCCUGACAGUGUGGAACACUGGAUGAAGAGAGUGAAGAAAGCCUCAGAAUUCGCAGUUUCAAAUGCAUUUUAUGCCAGAAAUUCUGAUUUACCAGGAAGGUUUUGGAGCCAAAUGGAUUUGGGAGCAUUUGAGCAAAUAAAGGAGCAUGACGAAGUCUAUGCAGAAGCUCAGGAGAUGGUUAAUAACUGGUUAGAUACCAAACUUAAGCAGGAAUUAGCAAGUGAUGGAGAAGAAGAUGGGACACAUGCCAUGUCAGAAGCCAAUGGCCAUUUGAAAUAUGACAAGUUUGAUGAUCUAUAUGGCUAUUUGGAGGAAGAGGAGGAAAGUACUACUGUUCAAAAAUUUAUAGACCAUCUGCUUCAUAAAGAAGUGGUGGAUUCUGGGACACUGGAAGAUCUUGGAAUGAAGGAAAACCAAGACAAGAAGCAGCAGAAGGAUCCUCGUCUUACCAUGGAGAUGAGACAUAAGCAGGUCAAAGAAAAUCGUUUGAGACGUGAAAAGGAACUGGAGCGCCUGAGAACUGAAAGAGCCCUGAAAAAAUCAGCUUUCUUGGAGGCCCAGUAUCUGGUGCAAGAAGAGAAGAGAAAGAAAGCACUGAAGGCCAAGAAGGAAAAGGAGGAGAUUCAAAAAGAGAUGGUCAAGCUGCGGAGGGAGAUACUUGACAGGAGACGCACAGUAGAAGAAGCAUGGAAACUAGAGAAGAAAAAUCAAGAAGAAAAUUCUUCAGACAGUCCAGAAACAAGCACAUUUCAUAGUGCUCACACAAUUCUGGAUAAAGAAAAAGUGGAAAGAGAAAGAAAAAGGAGACUGAAAGAGAUAUUAAUCCAAACAUACAAGGAAAAUCACCAGUGUCAAAAACGCUAUUUCUCUGCCUGGCACAAGCUGAUUCUUGAUCACAGGAUUCAGCUGGGGAAAGCGGGGGCCCUGUCUGACUGGAAGCUUCAACUGAAGGUGCUGCGAGCCUGGAGAGACCACACAAGGUCCCAGAAGCUGGAGCGGGAGACACAAGCCGUGGAAAACCAUCUUCGUGAAGAAAACAGAAAGCAACAACUGGCCACUGAGUAUAACCGGAAACAAGUUCUUCGACGUUGCUUUGCGGAAUGGCAGCAUUGGCGUGGUGCCCUGGUCAUGAAGAGAGACUUGGCUCGUGCAAAAGAGGAAACUAGGAAGAAAAUGGAUGAGCUGCUGAAAGCAGCGUCUCUAGGAAAACUCAGUACCAGUGGGUUGCCAGACAUCCAUCCACAGGAAGAGGCAACGGCCAUGGUGGGCUUACCAGUAGGGAGUGGAAAGGUCACUGCUGGUCUCAGAUCCCCUUUGUGGGAAAAGCCACCCUUGGGAACCAGUGGGUCUAUGUUGCACCCUCCCUUAGGAAGAUCCACAAAGGAUAAUUUGCAAGAUCCCUUUCAACAUAUCCGCGGGAGUUGCCCAGAUAUUCAGCAGCACAAGACCCUGGAUGUUGAGAUCUCUCAGCAGCCUGGUGGUGAUGAGAAGCCUGGAACCAGCAGCCAGGAAGAAGAACCUGUUUGCCUGGGGCAUUUCCGGAGCCGCCAUGUCUACCAACAACGGCUGAUUGAGAAGCAAAAGAAGAAACUUGAGGAGCAGCAGAAAACCAUUCUGGAGCUGAAGGAAAGCCAGCGGCUGGCAGAGGCUCGGUGGGCAGCUGAGCGAGCCGCCGCAGUCACACAUGCACAGAGACGCCGUCUGUCAAAUCCCAGAGGAGCAGAGGAACCCAAAGGAACCUGCCAAAAGCUUUUGAAUUCAUCUGUUAUUUCUCCUGGGACUGAAGAUUCUAGAAAUGAUUCCCGAAGUUCUCUUUCUGAACCCCAAAAAACCACAAAGCAGACGAUAGCACCCCAUCCUAUACUAAAAGCCAUGGAAGAGAGAGCAGUUCAACGUGCUGAACGUAGGCGGAUCUUGGCAGAAAGGAAGAAAAAACAAGAUGAAGAGAAAUUGGCUCAGUUAAAGGCCCAAGAGGAAGAACGUCAGAAGAAGGAGGCAGAAGAGAAGGAAGCUCAGCUUCAGAGAAAACGAGAAGAGAAGAGACUGAAGAAAAUGAAAGAACUAGAGAAACAGAAGAGAAUUAAGAGGAAUCGAGAACUGGAAGCUGUGGCUAAAGAACAUUAUAAAAUAGUUUUGCUAAGAAAAAAAGGUCUAGAACCUUGGAAGAGAUUGAGAAUGCAAAGCAAGCAAAACAUUCAGGUAGCAGAAGAACAUCACUGUUUGGCUCUGCAGAGGAAAUGCCUGCUCACCUGGUUCUGGUAUAGUCAGGAAAGUCAGGCGAAGAUGACGACCCAGGCUGAUCAGUUCUAUUUCCAGCUAUUGCUCAGGAGAGUCAUCAGGAGCUGGCUACAGUAUGUGACUGAGCUGGAGGAGGAAAUAAGAAAACUUAGUGCAAAUUUCCUUCUGAAGAAGAUUUUGAGGGCCUGGUUCACCACCAUGUGGGAGGCGAAGAUGGAUUCUCAGAGCAAGCACGAGGCUGCGGUAGCACAUUAUCACAGGAAGAUUCUCAGCAACACAUUUCAGACAUGGCAAGAGUUCAGAAAAUGUAUGAAAGAGGAAAGAGUGAAAGAAGAAAGGCGAGAGAAGCUCCGCAGGAAGGUUGCUGAAAUCCUUCCAGAUUUCCAGAUGCUGACCCCAUCAUGACCAGGACUUGUACCAGCAACUCAGUGCUCGGCCCUUGAGUCAGAUGUCUUUGCCUGGAAGACAGACCUGGAAACAGACCACAUUGCUCAGGAUGUAAAAUCUUGACUGAUCCAGAAUGAGUAACUAUCUGUCGUCUCCAUCCACAUGCCCACAUCCAUACCUGUAUCUGCUCCAUUUUCUGAGGCAUUUCUUAGAGCAGAAUUUAUAUUGACAAUGUAUUCUCCCUUCUUGGAUUUCUCCUGGCUUACUAGUUAUUCACUGUAUAGCAUUUAUCACAGUGGGAUCGUGCAAAGUAAUGUUCCAGAGCACUGCUGUUCAAAUAUGUCGUGUAUAUUUUUAGUGAUGUAAACGUUAAAAAAGGACAAGUGUUAGGCCUUGCCUUGUGAAGGAAAGUAUGUCCUUUGGCUUCAUGUGAAUUUGGGGGAAAUGUAAUCUUAAGUACAAAAAGCAGUAAGUACUUACACACUGGUGCUGAUGGUCAGUGUUCUCACACCCAUGUCACAAGCACUCUACCAAAUCAUUCCUUUUGACCAAACCGGAUGGCAGACUAUCUAUCUAAAGUUAUUCUACACAGCCCCAGAGGGCCAGCAGCUGAUCUCAGAGAAACUAGGGCACCAAAGACACUCUACCUUGCUAAGCAUGGAGGAAAUUCCACAAGCUAAUAAUAACUCUUAUCAAAGACAACUCAGCAACUCAUUAAAACGUCCCUGUUCCCAACUACACUUCUAAAUAAUCCACUCCACUCAGGUUGGUCUAGAUAUUGAAAUGCUAACCCUGAAUUCAAAGAAUAUUUUUUUUAUCUUUAAAAUGCUACACAGAUAUAAAACACACUUUUGUUUACCCGCUAGGAAAAUCAUUUUUAUUUGAAAAUACAACAAUUCAAAUAGUCCAUAUACACUGAUGUGGUAAAAUAAGAAAGAUCCUUUAACCCUGAGAUAACUACUUUUAUCCAAUAUUGGAAAUCUGACUGGUAACAUAAAAAUUCCGGGGUUCUUCAAGAGAAUGUGCUUGAUCCUGUCUCAUACUUCCUAGAGGGAUUUUCCUUAAGUAAAUACGUCAAAGGCCUAAAUAAAUGCCAGAAGCUUUC